UCAAACUUUCACUUUCCUUUUCAUGUCUUGGUUGACCGACGAAAUCCACCAACUCCACACCCCCCCCCCCCCUUCCGCUCUGCUCACCUCUCUUGCUAGGUUUUCCUUCUACGUAUUCGCAACUCCUGUAAAACUUAAGUUUCCAUUCCUAUAAGUGAAGAACAGCAAGACGAAGAAGAGGAACGAGUUUCACAAGUUUGCAGUUCAGGUGUUCGACGUUUUGCCUCACUGAAUCAAGAACGUGAAUUUCUCAUUUCUGUCACUUGUAGUCUCAGGUUUUUCGAUUUUCAGUGCAUAUAUAGGGAGAAAAUUGGAAGUUGGAGUUUUUAAGGUUGCUUGUCUGUGUGUGCUCGUUUGAACUGAAGUACUUGUAAAGAAAAAUUGGAAAACAGUUCUUGGAAUUGAGUAUUUUUGGGACGAACAAAGUUUGGUUUUGGGGAUUUCUGUUUUUUUUUUUUCUUUUUUGGAACUGAAGCAGAAGUUUGGAUGGAGUAGAAGCUAGUUGAUCAAUGGGUGUCAGUGUUUUUGGUGAUAAUUCUUCAAUUUCAAGUGUAGGGUUUGUUGUUAUCGAACUGCUGCUUCAGACCCUUCUCAGAUUUGUUUAGGCUUGGAGAGUUGCGUGAUAUAAGAUUUUGAGUGUAUAAUUUGCUUCUCAGUUGAAGUGUUGACAAGGGUAUUAAAGAUAAUAACUUUUGGAGUUAAGUGAUUGUAUUGAAGUUAUUGAGAUGGAUAAUUCAGAUCGAUCGUUCAGUAGGAAUCCUGAUUAUUUGGGUGUGAAUAAAUUUGGCAAGAAUAUCAAGAAGAGUCCUAUACACCAACCCAAUUUCAACAAUGCAAAUAGUGCUAGGCAACAACCUCAACCUCAGGUUUACAAUAUUAACAAGAAUGAUUUUCGGAGUAUUGUUCAGCAACUUACAGGUUCGCCAUCUCAAGAGCCUCCUGCUAGACCUCCACAAAAUCCUUCUAAGCCUCCGAGUAUGAGAUUACAAAAGAUUAGGCCACCACCUUUGAAUCCUAUAAAUCGUCCCCAAAUUCCAAUCCACCCUCCAGCGCAGAUCCCUGCGCCAGCUCGACCUGCAGGAGGCGCUCCUUACCAUAACAAUAUGGUAAGACCGCCUCCCCACUAUGGGCAGCCCUCACCGCCUAUGUUACCACCAACUCCCGCAGAUGUUUGGACAAAUACAGCCGAGUCUCCAAUUUCAGUUUAUAUGCGUUAUCUUCAAAAUUCAAUAAUAGAUUCGGGACCUAAGCAAACACAAUUUCAAGGUCCUGGUAAUUUUCAAGCACAUCCAGCACCAUCUGGUUUAAUUCCUAAUCCUUCAAUGCCACCUCUUCCAUCUCCUAGAAUGAAUGGUCCACCUCCUUUCCCAUCCACGCGGAUGAAUGGUCCACCUCCUUUCCCGUCUCCUAAGAUGAAUGGUCCUCCUCCACCUCUUCCUUCUCCUAGGAUGAAUGGUCCUCCUCCACCUCUUCCAUCUCCUAGAAUGAAUGGGCCGCCUCCUAGGAUGAAUGGUCCUCCUCCGCCCCUUCCUUCCCCGGGAAUAAAUGGGCCUCCUCCUUUGCCUUCACCUACUUCUCAGUAUCUUUUGCCUUCACCAACUGGCUUCUUGAACUUGUUAUCUCCCCGAUCCCCUUAUCCGUUACUUUCUCCGGGUAUGCAGCAUCCUCCACCACUGACACCAAGUUUCUUCUUCUCUCCCAUGGCUCAGCCUGGGGUUUUAGGCCAGGGACCCCAAUUUCCUCCUUCUCCUGGUUAUGGAUUUCCGUUGUCACCUGGAUUCUUCCCCGUUUCAAGUCCAAGAUGGAGGGAUCAAUAACACCAAAAAGAGAGCUGCUGACUUUGCAUAGCUCCUUUGAUCUGAUUCUUUGCUUCGAUUUUUGUCAAGGUGGUAUAUCUCCUCCAAAUUGAAGCUUUUUCCCUGUGGAUAUGAAGUGUAUACAAUGUAAGAGAUCCUUUCUGAACAUUUUUGUAGUGUUUUCUUUGUUGUUCUUGACAUGCAUUUCAGAUAUUGACUCUUUGAAUGUAGAGUUUGUAGCAGAUGUAUCUCUUUAUUUUCCUAGCACUUAUUUAGUACGUUUAGCAACUCUCAGCUGGAUAGUUGAAAAGGUCAGGCUUGUUAGAUGAUGGUUAAUUGAAUUUUAUAUGUAGCUGGAAAUGUUCUUGUAUUCUUUGUAAUGUCCCCUUUGGGAUCAAAUAUUUUGGUUCUUCUUCCUAUCUUGUAGAUCAAUUUUCAGCUUGUUGUUUCUGGUA